AUUGAUUUUACAAAAAACUUUCAUGAAAAUCAAACGUUGACGACAUGCAUGACAGAGACAAGAUUUAUUUACAACACUUCCUAUGUCUUUUCCUUUUUCCAGAGCAGACAAGUUACUUCAAAAACUGACUUGGCAGCUGUAAACUUUGUAAAAGUUUCGAAUACUAUUCAAUUUUGUUCAAGGCAGCCUUGUAAGUUUCUUAGCCGAAUGAAAGCGUCCUCUUUGGAGGCCAAGCCAAAAGUGAUUGUCAUAAGUGGUCCUACUGGUGUUGGAAAGACUAGGAUAUCUAUCGAAUUAGCAAAGCUACUGAAUGGAGAAAUUAUUUCCGCAGAUUCUGUUCAAGUAUAUCGUAAACUAGACGUAGGUUCCAAUAAGCCUUCCAUAGAGGAAAGAAAUGGGAUUGUACACCAUCUGAUUGAUAUAGUGGAACCCACUUAUGAGUUUAGCGCGGGAGAGUUUUUCCAACGUGCUCGUGAAGCAACAAAAUCCAUUCUUAGCAGACACAAAGUUCCUAUAGUCGUUGGUGGUACUUCCAUGUAUGUACGUUGGUAUAUUUAUGGAUUGCCAGCAACACCACCUGCGACAAAUUCAGUGGCUUAUUAUGUUUCAACGACAUUAGAAGAGCUGAAUGGGAAUUGGGACCUUGCCAUUGAGUUACUGGAACAACUGGAUCCAAUGAGAGCAACUAAAAUAUGCAGAAAUGAUUGGUAUCGGCUGCGAAGAGCAUUGGAAAUUUAUUAUGCUACAGGCAAGCCUUUGAGUGAGUUACCACUACAAGGAGGUGCUCCCAAUCCAAAAAAGUUAUUACAGGGCAUACCUGUGACUGAUUUGGAUUAUGACUUUCGUUGUUUCUUCCUUGUUGCUCCACGCAAAGAGUUGAAUAGGUUUAUAGAUAGGAGAUGUGAACGAAUGAUUGCUCAAGAUGGUCUACUGAAGGAAGUAUUUGAGCUUUUGUAUAAGAGAGAAUUGUCGAAAGACUCUUCUGCCGGAAAAGCUAUCGGUUAUAGACAGACUAUUGAAUAUUUAACCAAUCAUGAAACAAAUGCUUUGGAUCAGUUCAUGAAAUAUUUAAGAGAUUUUCAGAAUGCUUCGAGACAAUAUGCACGAAGACAGUUGCAAUGGUUUCGAGGAGAAGAGUUAUUUCAUUGGGUACCUGUUGAGAUGUUUUCGAAUGAUAUUUCACAUGUUGCUCCGAUAGAGUAUAUCAUGCAUUGGUUCGCUGCCACAUCAGAAGAGUAUAAAGAGUCUACGAGACAAAGAAUUGAUGCUGAGGUUCGAGAGAUAUCUUUAAAACAAGGAAAAGAGAUGAAAACGUAUACACCUGAGCUAGUAUUGUUUCAAGACCAGAAUUUGAUCGAGUCUACAGUACGAGAAGCGUGUGACUUUCAAUUCAAAUUAAGAGAAGCUUGAGACAAUUGGUAAAAUUGUAUAUCGCAAGUGCUCAGAGAUUCUGGUGGAGAUUGGAGAUGGCAAAGCUAUCAUUUCUUUCCUGUUGUAGAGCCCUUUUACAAUCCAAUAUUUUGUAUAGUCCAACUCAGAGUUGGGUUUCUACGAUGUUCGUGUUAGUUUCUAAUGAGUGGAGGUCUUAGAUUGACAGUUUUGCAUUUUUGGUUUUUACAGGUUUAACUUGUCGCAAGUCCUUGAAAGAAUUUUUAUUUACUUGAUGCAUCUUGAGGUUGUUUCAUUGGAAUUUCUCUCACUUGUUGAACUGAAAUGCUUACAGAAAUUCGUAUCUAAUGUGAUCAAAAUUGAUUGAAAAUGUCUCCUUUCAAUAUUUAGGCCGAAGAAUGGAAAAUGUCUGACACCAUGUAAAGUGCUUUAUUUGGAGAUGAUAUAAUAUUGAAAAUUAUCGGUUCGAUAUGGAAUUUGUGCAUUCUUUUUCAAACAACCAUAUUACAUAAAACUUUUUUGCGUACCCGAGGUUGACUCACAACAAGUUGCUCAAGGUUUGCUCAAAAGUUGUUAUUGUGUUUGACUUGUUUUGUUUUUUACUUUCAUGUAGAGAUUAACUGGAAAUGAAGAUAGCUUUGAAAAG